AAAGCAAGCAAAGAAACCAUCACCCGCCGCCAAAUAUUCCAGGUUCCCGGGUACGGCAUCAGUACCCUACAGACAAACACCAAUGAAAUUUCUCUAUUUGYUCUGCACACUCGUGCUGAUCGGACUCWGUGCGGUCGAGGGGCGAUUCGGUGCCAACCAGAUAGGACAGAGCCUUCCGGCACUGAAUUACCGAACGUUUCAAUCCGGCGAUAGGAACAACCCGGCCUUUUGGGGGACGGCCAGGACCCACGGCCCGACAAACCGCCGCUCGCACCCGGACGACUGCGCCCGCACCGAGGUUCGCAGCGUUGCGAGGACCAUCCAGUCCGAUGUUCGGGGUGGAUCGGCUGCGGCGGCAAAGGCCGUGCGGACCAUGACGGCACGACGAAUGGAGUCGCUCAAGUAAGUUUCGGGCACAGGCGCCGCGGCAAUYUCCCGGCGGCGGCACUUGGACAGCAAUUGCCCCUCGGCAGGCGCAUGGCCUUCGUCGCAUCGGUGUUGAAAACCACUUUUACGAKAUGGRUUUCUUUGGAUGGCCAUGCCCAGGGUCUGUUGAAAUUUUGGGGGGGAAAUCGCCACCCGUUUCGUCGCUCACCAAUCGACUUUUUUUCGCUUGUUCGCAUCCAUUUUACACGAUUCCAAAAGAUUGUUGUCCGGUGGUAUGGCAGGGACGGUGGCUGCUUGUAUAACCAAUCCACUCGAGGUGGUGAAAACGCAGCUCCAGUCUUCCAACUCUGCAAAAUCCAACCCGUCCCAGAUUGCGAAGAAAAUUCUGGACGCGGAUGGGAUUCCGGGAUUUUGGCGCGGGCUCCCCCCCACCCUGGUCGGAAUCAUCCCCUCGCGCUCGGCGUACUUUUACGCCUACCAAAAGAUGAAGACCUUCCUCAAUCCAACCCUUCCGGAAGGAUCUCCGGCGAACGCCAUGAUCGCCGGGUUCUCGGCGGGAAUMGUUGGCAACACGCUGACGAAUCCGAUCUGGAUGGUCCGAACGAGAAUGCAGAUCUUGGUCGAUGCGUCGGCGGGCCAAAAACAAUACGCCGGGUACGCGGACGCUAUCCGGACCAUCUUCCAGGAAGAGGGACUCGGUGGAUUCUACAAGGGGAUCACGGCGAGCUAUUGGGGCUGUUUCGAGGGAGCUACGCAAUUCAUUAUUUACGAACAACUGAAGUCGAAGCUGAUCACUCGACAAAACAAGAAGCGCGCCGAGCAGGGAUUGCGACCCAGCCAGGAAUUGUCGAAGGGGACCUAUUUCUGGGCCGCAGCGUGCUCGAAGGCCAUUGCCGCCGUGGCUACGUACCCGCACGAAGUGGCGCGAACGCGAAUGAGAGAACAGGCGCGAGCGGGUGUCUUCAAGUACCAGAACGGUAUGUGGGGGUGCCUUUCGGUCAUGGCCAAGGAAGAGGGGUUCAACUCGCUCUACUCCGGUAUGGGGGUGCACUUGAUGAAGGUCGUACCCAACUCGGCAUUGAUGUUUCUUACGUAUGAGAUUGUGAGAGGAUGGCUCGACAGAUACGAAGUAGUAGGAUAAAAAUCUAAUCAGAGUGCGAUUAUUUUUGUCUCCAAAGCAUAGAUCCGUCAC